AUGGAGGAUCCACAAUCCUCAUUAGUCAUUGCAACUCAAUGGCAAGAUGGUGGAAAUAUCAAGGAUGCUUUUAAUGCUUAUGUAUCCCUUGCUCAAAGAUCAUUGGAACCCUUUUCAGAGGUUAAAUUUGUCCAUUGCUCUAUUGUUACUUUACCCGCACAACACGCAAUUUUGCUGUCCACAUUACGGACCUGCUUGGACAACAUUGAAUCUAUCCUGAACAACCAUACAGUUGUCCGGUCAUCCACAUUAGACCCUGUCAACAGAUCAAAGCCUACAUUACGGCCGGAACCCCCUGCAUUGCCACCUAAACCCAUUAUUGGUCGUAAAAUACGACAGGGUUCUUAUGGAGAGACGGACUCUUAUUUGUGUUCAGAUCCCAUUGCGCCGUCGACGGUAGGACAGUCCAAAGUGGACCAAAAGGGGAGUGAUUCCACGCGGGACGAUCGGACGGUGGCCGAUGGGCAAGUGGAUGUAAGCCGACUGGUCCCAGCUCAGACAGAUGGCCUCACGGACGAAUUGAUGGAAAUAUCACACAUCCCCCGCAUUCCAAUAUCUCCACUCCUCACAACGCAUCGAGCCUUGCAGGCCAAGCUCGAUGAAGUACAAUCCGUAUUAAAGGAGUACGAAGCACAGGAACGCGCCUCAAAAGAUCCGGCACUUAAGCACAUCAUACGGCACCAUAGCCCGUUGGUAAUUGAAGCCAAACAGACCUUAGCUCGUGUCCGCACACUUUCUAUUACUGCUGCCACAAUUCCAACCAUUCUUCAUUUUUCACCUUUUCUCAUUGCAUACCAACUAACUCUAAUUGAUUCGGCCCUUUUCCGGGCCAUGCCCUCGCACGCACUACUUUCACACACUGCAACAUCUCCUCAUCCACGCAUUGUCGCCUCGACAGACUUUUUCAAUUACCUUACACGUGUCAUUGAACACUCGAUUUUAUUACCCCAGGAUGCCUCUGUCAGGGCACAACACAUCAACCAUUGGAUCAAAGUAGCUUCCCAAUGCCUUGAUUUACACAACUACCAGUCACUCAAGGCCAUUGUUUCUGCACUCGGAACACCGCCAAUUCAACGCCUCAAACGAAGCUGGGCAUUUAUACCAAAGAAGAGUCUGGGUAGACUGGAUGGAAUGACAGAGCUUAUGUCGGAAGCCAGUAACUAUCAUACCUACCGCCAACACUCACUCAACCUUGAGCCAUCCACUCCUACUGUUCCGUUUUUGGGACUGUGGAUGUUAGACAUGACAUAUUUAUUGGCCGCAAAUCGGUCCAACCCACGCAAUGAUCCUCGUAUUCAGGUUAUCCUUAGUGCUAUCGAGCAACAUCAACAGAUGCCUCCAUUCAGCCCUGUACCGAUAGCUUAUGGGCGUAAGAACAUGAGUUUUGGCCCCAACUGGUCUAGUGCGUUACAAAAGAGCGCAGCGUCUAUGGGACGGCUUGGAAGUAGUAUCAGUAGUAUGAGCAGUAUCAGUAUCAACAAUUUAUCAGAGGAAGAAUCGUAUGGGAUUGAAGACCAGCAGCAGCUAGUUACUCAAUAUUUGUUGAUGCGGCCUUGGCUGUCUCAGUCUGCGGUCGAUGGACUCAGUGUCCUGAGAGAACCUUCUCAGCAAAAGCAGCAGCAGCAGCAGCAACAAUCUUCCUUGGCCACAAACCGUUCAUCGCAUCCCCUGAUUCGAUUCAGCGCCAAUAGCAACAGUAGUAGGACAAACAGUAGCUGCAGCAGUAGCAGCCUCGAGGGACCUAACCACCGAAACAGUAUAGACGGUAUUGGGUCUAGCAGUAUGAUGUGCAGUAGUCCUGAAACAGCCAAGGCUACUACUAGUAUGACUGCUGCUGUUACUGUGAUAGACGAACCUAAGCCUCAGCGUCGCCACAGUGCCAAGUGGUUAUUCCGGCGAUCACUGGUUGAUAGGCCUGUGGGGAUUGAUAGAAGUAUCAGUAUGCCUGAUGUACGCCAAGAACCCCGCCGCCUGGACUUGUCUAUUCAAACGGUUCGAGUAGAGUCUUCGUCUUCUUCAGACUUGAUGCAUGACGUAAUGUUGGCAGGGCAGAGAGUUAGCUGGUAUAGUAGCUCUAAAAGAACGGCGGUUUGUCUGACGAGUGAGAGUGCACCAGAAUUACCUCCCCGCCCGCGCGUCCACUGA